CUCAGCCCAGGCAUGAGCGAUGGCGGCUCCGGCGACCUCGACGUCCUGCCGCAGCCGCCGCACGGCCUCGUGCCGCUGGCCGCCGGCUCGGCGCGGCUGGUGACGGACGCCGACGAAGAGACCUUUCUGCUGUACACCUUGUCUCCUCCGCCGCAAGACCAGCGCGGCCUGGGCUACGUCAAUGGCACGGCAGACCUGCUGCGCAUCAGCGUGCCGCUGCAAGGCGAUGGUUCAGCCGACGUGAAGGUCGAGGCGCUGGCCGCGGAUGAGGCCUCUGAUGCUCUUUCGAAGUCGACAAAGCAAAGCGGCGCAGCCAAGCGCUCAGCGAAGACCAGCAAGAAGAGCGCGCCGUCCGCCGAAGACAACAAUGUCGUGGUCGAGGUGCGGCAAGAUGUGACCUCGCUGCGAUCGACGACCGGCGACACCGGCAGCGUUGUCUGGCGCUCAAGUCUGCUGCUCGCCUCGCUGAUUCUGCGACGCCUCUCGGCACCUACGCUGCUCCCGGGCACCGUCUCAUGCGACGACGACAUCGGCACGCUCUUCGAGCCUGAGCUGCUCGCUCGCGCACGGGUCCUCGAGCUCGGCGCCGGCACCGGUGUGCUCCCGAUGCUGCUCUUCGCGCACCCUGCGCUGCGAGCUCCAGACGCCACAACGACGUGGCUCGCAACCGAUCAAGAGGCCAUGCUAGGGCUGCUACGGCGCAACGUCGCUCGACAGCAGAGUGCGCUCGGCGGGGAGUCGUCUGCAGGUGGACGAUUGGACGCUCUGCCUCUGGACUGGAACGAGGCGCUUGAGGUCCAGCAGAGCGGCAGCGAGGCGCGCCAGGACAGGCUGCGCCGUGCAGUCUUUGCGUCGUUCGAGCAACGACCGAGCUGUGCAGAUGCGAGUGCAGAUGCAGACGAGCCGGCGUGGCCCGACCUCAUCCUCGCCUCCGACUGCAUCUACAACCCCUCGCUCUUCCCUGCGCUGCUGGCAACCAUCGACGUGCUCUCGGCGCCGCAGCGCACCCUUGUGCUCGUCAUCUGCGAGCUGCGCUCGGCGGAGAGCGUGCGCGAGUUCCUGGCGCAGUGGCUUGCGCAUGGCGUCGAGGAACGCUCGCAGCCGAGCCGCUGGUGCAUCUGCAGCAUCGAGCAGGAGGUGCUGGGCGCGCGCCUUGCUAAGGGCAACGCCGCAUGGCUGGCGUGGAAGCGAUGAAGCUGCCGCUCGAAGCUGCAAUAGAGCUGUGUCUGCAUGAGAGCGC